AAAUGUCGCCAAAACUGUCGAAACCGUUAUCACCGGGAGAUGUGAUAACCGAAGACAUGCCUAUCAUUCAUGUCAUACACGACGAAUACAAAGACAAAUAUUGCGAUAAUUGUAUGAAGAGAUCGGAUCAGUUGAAGAAGUGCUCGAAAUGUCUUCGUAUGUAUUACUGCAGUAUUGAGUGUCAGAAGAAUGACUGGAAGUAUCACAAGAAUGAGUGCAAACUCUAUAGACAUGAAUCCAUUCAAACCUUUUUGGACUCCGGGUUCCGGUAUUUGCUCCGACUCUACCUUUCGGUGCAAAACAUCCCAACGUUUGCCACAAAAAAGUACCGAUUGUUUGACGGAUCGGAAGUCAGUCUCAGAGACAUCGAAGUGAAUGUCAAUGUCUUUGAUGUGAAUGAAAAGAGAGAGCAUUUGUGGGAGAUUUGCAAUCUAUUCAUACAAUUGGGUGUGAAAUACGACUUUCAAGAAGUGGUCCAUUGGUUGGCAUUCGUGACAAAUGUUCCCGCAUUUCAGCUCAAAUCACACCUAAAGAUCGGUUGUAUUGGUCGCGGACUGUAUAUGGGAUACACCACUCUUCGGCACAGCUGUCAGCCCAACAGUGCCUUCAUUUACAACAGCAGAGGACUGUCGAAGGAAUUGCGGGCAAUGAGACCAAUAGAGGCCAACGAAGAGAUUACCAUAAAUGUGGUGCCAUUGUAUCGAAACCGUGCGGACAGACAACAGGCACUCAAAUCGUAUUCAAUGGUCUGCGAGUGCGACAAAUGUGUCCACCAUUUGGACCGUCGGGUCGAUUACGAGCGUCUGAUUCCAUCAAAACAAUUCCCAAUGAAUGUCUUCGACACACAAUUAAUGGCUAAUCUGUUGACUGAUUUGGAUGUAGUUUUUGGCGAAUACUAUCCGAUGAAGACAAUGAUAUUAAUGGAAAUCUUUAGGCAAUUAUCCAUUUGUCCGUCACAACUUAUUCAUACCAUUAGUCCAUCGCUUCCAACACAUCGUCACACAAUUGGAUCCAAUCAUCAAAUCUGUGAAAUGUCACCAAAACUGUCGAAACCGUUAUCACCGGGAGAUGUGAUCACUCAAGACAUGCCUAUCAUUCAUGCAUUACACAGUGAAUCCAAAGGCAAAUAUUGUGAUAAUUGUUUCAAACGCUCGGAUCAGUUGAAGAGAUGUACGAAAUGUCUUCACAUGUAUUAUUGCGGUAAAGAG